AUAUGCUUUUCUCUCCUGAUUGCCAUACUAGCAACGUAAGUUAAAGCACGGGAUCGCCCUAUGCUCGUGUUGAAAUCUGCCGACAUUAUUUUGCCGAGAGGCACUGAUAACCUUUGUUUACUUCGGACAGAUACAGGGGACAAGUCGAAAUAUGGACGACCUUGACUCGUUUGGACCUCUGGUCCGUGAUUUUGAGCAUCUAAAGCGCAGCGAUGGUGCGAUGGUCGGCGGAAAGAAUGCCUCCCUUGGCGAAAUGAUUACUGCCCUCCGGACUAAAGGCAUCCCCGUGCCCUGUGGGUUUGCAACGACAUCGUACGCGUACUGGCACUAUAUUGAUGCCAAUGGUAUCCGGGGCAGGAUAGCUGAAGUGAUCACGGACUGGCAACUGGGUCAGCUGAACCUCGCCGAGGCAGGCCAGAUGGUGCGCAGGUUAUUUCUCCGAGGAACGUGGCCCACGAAUUUGGCAGCAGCUAUCACGGCUAGCUACCAGGAGCUCUCGGCAAUGGUUGGGGUCAAGGACUUGAGUGUUGCCGUACGCUCCAGUGCAACGGCGGAGGACUUGCCCGAUGCAAGCUUUGCCGGUCAGCAGGAGACUUUCUUGAAUAUCUCGGGCGAUGAGGCCCUCUUGGAUGCCUGCCGACGCUGCUAUGCUUCACUCUUCACUGAUCGGGCCAUCAGCUACCGUCAAUCUAAGGGAUUCGACCACACUAGCGUCGCGCUCUCGAUUGGGGUACAGCGCAUGGUUCGCUCCGACGCCAGUGGCUCCGGCGUCAUGUUCUCUAUCGACACUGAAAGUGGCUUUGACCAGGUCGUCUUAAUUAACGCAGCGUGGGGGCUUGGCGAGAACAUCGUGCAGGGAACUGUCAAUCCUGAUGAAUACCAGGUCUUCAAGCCGCUUCUAUCUGAUGCUAGUUUGGUGCCGAUCUUAGAAAAGAAGCGCGGCGACAAGGCGAUUAAGAUGGUUUACGGCGAUAAACAAAUGCCAACCAGAAAUGUGCCCACCUCAAAAGCAGAGCAAGCAGCGUUCGUACUCGCCGACAAGGAAAUCCUGCAACUGGCACGCUGGGCAUGUAUAAUUGAGCAGCACUAUAGAUGCCCAAUGGAUAUGGAAUGGGCCAAGGAUGGCAUCACAGGCGAGCUUUUCAUCGUCCAAGCUCGGCCAGAGACUGUGCACUCACGCCGUAACGCUACUCUCUUCAAAACAUACGAGGUACGUAAUAAAGGCCGUGUCCUGACCACCGGCCAUUCUGUUGGCGAUGCGGCCGUCUCGGGCCGAAUUUGUCUUAUCACAUCCGCCAAGGAUAUCGAUAGGUUUGUUGAUAACUCGAUCCUUGUGACGGAAGCGACGGACCCGGAUUGGAUGCCUGUAAUGAAGCGCGCUGCCGCUAUCAUCACGGACCAUGGCGGACGCACCUCGCAUGCCGCCAUCGUCAGCCGUGAGCUAGGCCUUCCCGCCAUAGUGGGCACCGGCACCGCUACAUACGUGCUACACAGCGGCCAGGAUGUCACUGUCUCUUGUGCCGAAGGUGAUAAUGGCUUUGUGUACGAAGGUAUCUCCGAUAUCGCGACUCAAACGGUGGAUGUGUCAGGGCUGCCCAAAGUCAAGACCAACAUCAUGCUCAAUCUCGCCAACCCGGCGGCUGCCUACCGCUGGUGGCAACUCCCCGCCGACGGCAUCGGGCUUGCCCGUAUGGAGUUUGUCGUAAGCAACGCUAUCCAGGUCCAUCCCAUGGCGCUCGUCCACUUCGCACGGCUGAAAGAUCCAGUUGCCAAGCGGGAAAUCGCUCGGCUGACAGCUGGAUUUGACCAGAAGCCCGAUUACUUCAUCGACAAACUAUCGCACGGCCUCGCAGCCCUGUGCGCCGCUGUCUAUCCCAAGCCGGCCAUCAUUCGCAUGAGCGACUUCAAGACAAACGAGUACGCCGGCCUCAUCGGCGGUGCCGAAUUCGAGACCAAGGAGGAGAACCCCAUGCUCGGCUUCCGCGGUGCCUCACGUUACUACUCUCCGCGCUACAAGGAGGGCUUUGCACUUGAGUGCCGCGCGAUUAAGCGGCUGCGUGAGGAGAUUGGCCUUACCAACGCUAUCGUCAUGAUCCCCUUCUGUCGGACGGUCGCCGAGGCCAAGCAGGUCUUGACCGUUAUGGCCGAGAACGGGUUGAGGCGCGGCGAUAACGGAUUGCAGGUUUAUGUCAUGUGCGAAAUCCCGUCUAACGUCAUCCUAGCCGCCGACUUCACGGAUCAUUUCGACGGGUUCUCCAUUGGCUCCAAUGACUUGACGCAGCUGACUCUUGGUAUAGACCGUGACUCUGGCGAGCUUGCCGACCUCUUCAACGAACAGGAUGAUGCGGUCAAGUGGAUGAUUGCGCAUGUCAUCUCGGUGGCCCGUAAAAAGGGCUGCAAGAUUGGCAUCUGUGGACAGGCGCCUAGCGACCAUCCAGAGUUCGCCCAGUUCUUAGUAGACGCAGGCAUCGAUUCCAUCUCUGUUAGUCCGGACAGCUUUGUUGCGGUGAUGAGACACGUGGUUGCUAGUGAACGAGCAUGAUUAUUUUGAGAAAUGGCUGGACAUUUAAGGGUUUUGGAAUUGUGG